UUGUAUAUAUGGCGACGUCGGCAACCAUGAGAAAAUAGUUAGCUAGGCUUAUCUUAGAUGGUAGGGACAUGCAGUAAUGCAGUAUUCUUAGGACGAAGACAAGAAGAAAACAUAAACGUAUUCACGAUUUAACACAUACAGGUCUUUAUACGGUGCUCAUUUAAACACAUUUCGAAUAUUAGGAGCGAAUUUCCCUCGAGUUUUGGUGCAUUAAAUGGAGGAUAAGAAGGAAGACGGAGACUCGGAAAUACAGGAACACGGACCCGAACAUUGGUUCUCAAAAUGGGAGCGGCAGUGUUUGGCCGAAGCGGAGCAGAUGGAGCCAGGCGAGGAGGAGGCUGAUAACGAUCAGGAUAAACUGUGGCAUCUCUUUCAGAACUCCGCCACUGCCGUGGCACAAUUAUACAAAGAUAGAGUAUGCCACCAGCAGGGCCUGUCACUAUGGGUGCCAUUUCAGAAUGCUGCUACAGCAGUAACAAACCUGUACAAAGAAAGCGCAGAAGCUCACCAGAGAAGUUUUGAUCGAGGCACGCAGAUCGGCCACCAGCGGCGUAACAAGGACAUGCUGGCCUGGGUGAUAAAGCGCCGAAGAACCAUCCGUAGGGAGGACCUCAUCAGCUUUCUGUGUGGUAAAGCACCACCGCACAGAAGUAGCAGGACCAGCACCCGGUUGGCCAUGGUGGCCCCGAGCAGGGCCAACUCACCAGCCGAGACCGGCUCGUCCGUGGAAACGGACCUUCAGCCUUUCAGGGAAGCCAUAGCACUGCAUGGUCUGAGUGGGGCCAUGGCGAGUAUCAGCGUACGCUCCGGUGCUCCGGGUUCCCCCACACACGUGAGCGGCAGCAGCAGCAACACGGGCGGUGCGAGUGGAGGUAGCUCUUCUGGCUCUGGACUGGUGUGCCGCAGCAGGCGUAACGGGCUCCAGGAUGUCGACCUGAACACUUUCAUCUCUGAGGAGAUGGCACGACAUCUGGACUCUACUGGCUCUGCCUCCGCCGGAGGGGGCGGGACCAGGAAACGAAACUCCACCCAAUGUACUGAUGUCAUCACGGACUCCCCGACGCACAAACGCAACAGGAUGAUCUGAUGCGCUGCCUGCCUGUGUGUGGAAGAUGGGUCUUUAGAGUUGGGCUCAUGGAGGACAGGUGUGUGGGCUGAGACUAAAGCCUGGAUGCUUCUGAAUUCUGUUGCUCGUCUCCUCUCCCAACAUCACACGUCCAAAUCAUCGAUCUACAAUCAGAACAGAGUGUGUGAGGGCGAGUUCAAACGACAUCGCACACUUCUCUGUGCUGGGAGGGAGACAACAAAGACCCACUCACCUGGUCCUGGCUGCAGACAGUUCUCAGGGGAUGAGGGUGCACCGUGCUGCUUGACCUUUGACACAUCAGUGCCCCCCCCCCCCCCCCCCCUUCAAUCUCACAAAUCCACACCCACCACCUUAAUAAGGAAGUGAGGGCCAUGAUCAAAUCGCUUCCCUCAGUGGACAGUCGCUCGCCAAAUGUUGGACCUAACUUUGUCAAAGACUCGCCCGCCCAUUUCUGUGUUACUUCAUCACCGGAGUUCCUUCUUCAGCCACAGGUGGCGCUGAGCGACCUGGUGGGACGUGUGCGGCCUCGUCUCACACAGCCACAUAUCCGUCUCCCAGGUGGACGGCGUCUCUAACACUAGCAGGCUGUUGGACAUAGGACCGUGGCUUCACCUGAUGACAUCACCCUUUUAGUUUUGUUUUCAUUUGACCUCCAGUGUUAAGUUUCCAGGCAGGAAUAGUCGAGUAAAUUUUACGAGUUCCUCACUUUUUGUUUUCUUUUCAGUAUAAAAUAGAGGUGUGUGUGUGUGUGUGUGUGUGUGUGUGCGUGUGUGUUGAAAUGGCCCGCUCGCUGACUGUGACGACCUCUCUCCCUCUUACCUCUGUCUUAUGAAAGCAGCUGCUGUUUUAUGUGUUUGUGUGACGAUUCUGAUGAGUUGCAAUAAGUAUUUUUUGCACUUAGCUUUCAUCUCUAACUCAUGCAAAUAAAUCGGCUCUUCCGUCGCGUCCAACCCCCAGCAGCUUAGAAGCUUUGAAAAAGUGAUUUCAGCAGCUCUUCAGCAGCAUCUGGCCCUGCUGUAGAUUUCUUUUAAAUGCAAAGACUCUGAGUCUUUCAUUGUUUUGUUAAUUGAUUUAAUUUAUUGGGAAGGUGCUGUAAAUAAACGUUCUUACACUUUAGCACCAAACGCCACGGCGCACACCAGAUCAUUUUAAACUAGACUAGAGGUGUUGAUGCGUGGUGACCCGCUGCUUUAUGUGAAAGGGAUGUGUGCAUUAGGAAAAACUUGAAUGGGGUUAAUCUUCACCUAAUUCCUAAAAUGAUGUCCAUCCUUCAGCGAGGGUGGGGACUGAUUCGGCAGAUCGUAGGUGGAUUUGGCACGAAUAACGGGAGCUGAUCUCGUCUGGAUUUUAAGCGGAUCAGAGCCAAACCUGAACUUGUUUAAUGUGAGUUCAUUAGCAGCAUUUAAAAGUAUUUUUGGGUUGUUAGGAUAAUAAAGAAGAUCAAAAUCAUCCCCGCAGCGGUGGUGGAGUUCUCCCUGUUGGAUCCGUCGGAGCUGAUUUGAGACCCUUCUGGUUUUCUGUGUUUGAGCUUCGUCGCUUCGUACGGCCUGAGAAGCUGAACUUCCUGAGUUCUUUACCAUUCUGUUAGUUUGGUCACUAACUUCGCUGCAUUUGGAGCCGUCAUGUGCUCAUGCCGUAAUAAUCUCCGCAGCUGCUGCUGACUUAUCCUUUUUGGGGCCGUGUCGGCGCAGAAGACGACCGUCCCGUGAACUCCGAUUGGUUGUUGUGAGUGACGUAACAGAACGACUCAUCAGCUGGGCUAAAAAGUCAUAUUUCAGUUUGGAGGCUUUCUUUUUCAUCUCCCCCACCACCACCCACGCUGAGCUCCUUCCUGUGUCCAACGCUACCUUAGGAGGAAAGUUUGACUUUAAAAAAAACCUGGCGUGGUCGCUGUACGUGUUGUCAUGACGACAUGUCAUUGAAAGUGAGACAAAGAAUAAAUGCCAGAUUGUCUUAGCCACUGCCCCCUCCCCUCCCCCAGUCAUUGUGGUAACAGAAGAGGUGGCACUUAUCGUUUUUGUUUGUCCUACCUGUCACGCCGUCGUCGUCGUUGUCUCAGAAGAGGUCGACUCUUGCCACAGGUCUCUUGAGCCAACACUGAUCAGCUGUUUCUGGACACUUCUUUGUAAAACAAAAUGAUAAAUGGCUAAUCUAUAUACUUAACAAUGGAUUGUUGGUAUGACAUGUGUGGUUCACAUUGUAAAAUAAAUAAAACCAUUGAGUUGGAAGUGGAA